UACUAGAGCACGUUCUAGUGAAGGCAAACUAUAAAUACGACUCACCGAGUGAUUGUCAACAGAAACCUUAUUGCCCUUAUUCGAAAUUCAACAUGAUUAAACUAGCAAUUUUUUUCGCGUGUGUUGUCUAUGGAUAUGCCAUUAUAGUGACAGAUGCGCCGCCCGUGAAGCCAGAGUACAAAUAUUCGUACGAAAUCGUGGACCCGACAACAGGAGAUACGAAGAGUCUGCAUGAGAUCAAGCAUGGGAAUGUGGUGACCGGCUCCUACUCGGUGGUGGACCCUGAUGGGACUAAGCGCAUAGUGGACUACACAGCAGACGCUAAGCACGGCUUCCAAGCUGUCAUCCGAAGUGAGCCAACUAUCAGAAGAAAAGGUGUCCCAUAUUCGAGUUUGUAUCAAGCGCAUAACUUUCGUCAUCCGUACGUUUUGAAGACUCAGAACUUUCACGAGCCGUACGCAAAGAUUCCAAAUUUGAAUGAGAAUGACAGGUUUUUAUCGUCGAACGAGGUGCACGAUGCGAGAGAUCCGAGGUAUUUUAGCCCCGGCAAAGGCCCUGAUGCUGAAGAGAGGUUUGACCAUGGAGAAUACUUCAAGCCCAAUUUCCGCCAUUAGAGACUUUAGUGGUUAAAAUUGUCAAGUAUUU